CAACGAAACCUGAGCACUAUACCCAGAACAGCUCCUUACAGUACAGUAUAGGAAUUCGGGCGCUGCAGAAGUAUAUGGAAUGGGAAGGAGACGACACAGUUUUGGACGCAGGAUGUGGCACAGGGGAGAUCUGCAUGUUCAUCUCCCAACAGCCAGGGGUAGCUUCUGUGGUGGGCUUUGAUGUGUCACCUGACUUCGUAAGCUAUGCCAGUCAGCAGAACUCCUCCACAAACAUUCUCUACCACGUAGCUGACGUCUCUGACUUGUCCACCAUUAAGCCAGAGUGGCAAGGUGCUUUCAGUAAGGUAGUUUCUUUCUCAGUGCUACACUGGGUGAGGGAUAAGGUUACAGCACUGAAAGCACUUCAUUCGUGCCUGAAGCCUGGUGGAGAAAUCGUAAUGGUCUUCGCCACUGAUGAAAGCAAGAUUAUCCCAAAUUACUUGAAGAUGGCAGCGCAUCCCAGGUGGGCAAUCUACUUUAAAGAUUUCUCGCCCAACUUGUUUCCAUGGCCUUCCAGUGAUCUCGUGAACCACAGUAGCCACCUUCUGGAGGAGUGCGGUUUUGAGGUCCUCUCUUGUCAUACCAAAGAGCACCAGCACCUGUUCGAGUCUGAAGAAAAGCUGAGGGACACUCUUUUUGCUAUGUACCCCGACCUUCGCUAUAUUCCCCGAAACAAGCACGAAGAAUUCUUGCAUGAUUUUGAAAACAUGGCAAGAGAGGCCCAAGUGAUAUCUGAGGAUUGCAAAAUAACCGAAUUUCUUUCAUUCGUUCAAGCUCGAAAGUUGUGAAUUAAUUCAGUGCUGUGCCACCGGUAGUGCCUUACCCCUCCCUCGAUGAAUGGCAAAAUUUUAUCUCUACUUAUCUUCUACUUCUACAGCCCCAAAUGAAAAAAAAGUGUAGCAAUACAAACGCACUACCAUUAUGACAGAGUUACGAUUUAUAUAUUGUUAUAUGUUUCUAGUGUUCUAUUUAUGUAAAUCACCCAGUCACACUAAAUCUGUAUGUACAAUGUUAAAGUCCAGACUUUCUGAUAUAUAUAUAUUCAAACUUUAAGUCAUAAUUUGAGUAUGGAUAACGAAAAGUUAAGGUUUUAUAAGACAUGUAAAAUAGGAUAUGCUAUGGAAAAUAUCUAGAACUAGAUGAUUUUCAGCUACGCUGUG